AAUGCAUACGUUAAAGAACUGUUUUAGAGGAAAUGCAUUAUGUUUAAAAUCCAUAAAAUUAAAUUAAAAUAUACAGCCGUGAAGAAUAUAAAUUUUAUAGGCCCGAUAACGGUUGUAGUUCAUUGCAAAAUGUUUACUUGGCUGUGUGUUUUAUUUCUCUUUGAUGCUGGCCAUGGACAGUUGUGGCCAAAAGGCGUCGUGCAUUAUGCCAUCAAUACUAAAGAUUACGAUUUACACUCCCAAGACGUAAUAAUGUCGACCCUAUCGGAAAUACAAAAGGAGAUAUGCAUUAAAUUCUUUCAAAUACCUCUACAUCAUAAUUCUAGCGUGGAGCAGAAGAUUUUAUACAUAAACAAUCAUGAUAAACGGAAAACAUGUCCUCCAGAUAAUUAUUACUUCAAUAAUAGUGUUGUGGACAUGACGGUGGGCUACAAAUGCUUGAACCAAAAAGAUAUAACGAGGAUUGUGGUCGAUAUGCUGAAAGCAAGCAUUACAAAGGCAGUAUUAACAAUCAAUAGCAAUGAUUUGAUCAGAAAAUUCCAAGCCAUGGAUGAAGACCCCAACAGGCCUACGCUUCUAACACCCAAAGAUAGGAACUUUAUCAAUGCCCACUACCAUUCAGAAUGCGGGGCGCUGUCCCAAAGGCCGACCAUAGACGCGAGACGGUUUAGCGGCCCUCUACAAAUGACCAUAGAUAACGAAGCGUUUUAUAAAAACAAGUUAUGGCCGAUGGGAAUAGUUAUGUACGGUGUAGAGAAUUCAUUACAUUUACGCCCAUACCACACGGCGUUAAAAUAUGCUAUGACUACAAUAGAACUGUCGACUUGCAUCGUCUUCCAAGAAAUAAGAGAUUCCGUGCUGAAACCAAAGAACUUGCUCUGGUUCGCGAGUGAGGGCGAGGAGACGCCUGAACUUGGAUUUAAGGAGGGGAAUCAGACAAUAUCUCUUAUAUCGAUGACGACGGGCGCGCCGGGCCACACGGCGCACACCCUCAACCUGCUGCUCAGAGCUCUGGGAGUACCCAUGAUGUCAAACCGUCAUGAUCGAGACAACUACAUCACUGUAAACUGGAAAAAUGUGCAGGAAGGUAAAGAGCGUUAUCUAGAGAAGCUUCCGGAAGCAGCGUGGCUAUGUGACCAGGACAGUGGACACGUCCCCUACUCGUUCGAGAGCGCCACUCACGCGCCGGCGAAUUUCAUGUGCGGGGACUGUUCUCUUACAGCGCAUACUGUACACCCUGUUCAGGACCAUCUGUGGCAGCGUACCUUGUCUAUGGGUCAUAGAACUGACCUCGCGCCAUGCGACAUCGAGACACUAAAUAUUCUAUAUAACAAACAUUGCCAAGACAGAUAUAUGGCGAAAAAUUAAUACACUAUGUAGUUUGAUCAUUUCUAUAUUGCAUUAAAAUAUUUUUAUGGCUCUU